AUCAACCUAAGUGUCCAUCAACAGAUGAAUAGGAGAACACUUCGUGCCACUGUGUACACUGAAGAGUUUAAACAGGUGGAGGCCUCUGCCUGCUGGCGGCUCACUGUGAAGGUCCUGGAGGCCCGGAACCUGGGCUGGGCUGACCUGUUGAGUGAGGCAGACCCCUAUGUGACCCUACAGCUGCCAACUUUACCUGGAACAAAGUUUAAAACCAAAACAAUCACUGACUCCAGUCAUCCUGUAUGGAAUGAGACCUUCAGUUUCCUAAUCCAGAGUCGGGUCAAGAAUGUUCUGGAGCUAAACGUCUAUGACGAGGACUCAGUCACAGAAGAUGAUGCCUGCUUCAAGGUUCUCUAUGAUGUCUCAGAAGUCCUUCCUGGCAAGCCACUCCGGAAGACGUUCUCAAUGCAGCCCCAGGGACAGGAGGAGUUGGACGUGGAGUUCCUGAUGGAAAAAACAUCAGAACACCCAGAAAACCUCAUCACCAACAACGUCCUUGUGGCCCGAGAGCUGUCAUGCCUGGAUGUUCGUCUGGACAGCGUUGGGAGUACAACCACAUUCACAGAUCAGGAUGAGCUGGAGCUGGUGCUGAAGGGCUCAUAUGAAGACACACAGACAUCUGCACUGGGCACAGCGUCUGCCUUCCGCUUCCAUUAUAUGGCAGCCCAAGAGGCAGAACUGAGUGGGCGUCUGAAGAGGCCAGAAAACAGUGGCUUGAAUUCAGACAAGUCAGCUGAGCACCUCACUGUGCCCCUAAGUUCCUUGGCCAUGGGAGAGGAGGUGACGGUUAACGUUCCUGCUACAAAUGCCCCAGAAGUGAGGCUGCAGCUCAAGACUGAGGGCUGUCCUAAGGAGCUGGCUGUGCACCUGGACUUCAAUCUGUGUGCAGAGGAGAAAGCUUUCCUGAGCAGGAGGAAGCAAGUGGUGGCCAAGGCUCUCAAGCGGGCCUUGCAGCUGGACAGAGAUCUACAGGAGGAUGAGGUCCCUGUUGUGGGCAUCAUGGCCACAGGAGGAGGUGCCCGGGCCAUGACCUCUCUCUACGGCCACCUGUUGGCCCUGCAGAAGCUGGGCCUCCUGGACUGUGUGACCUACUUAAGUGGCAUCUCAGGCUCUACAUGGACAAUGGCCCACCUCUAUGGGGACCCUGAGUGGUCACAGAGGGACCUCAAAGGACCCAUCAAAUAUGCUAGAGAGCACCUGACCAAGAGCAAACUGGAGACCUUCUCCCCAGAGCGCCUAGCGAGCUACCGCCGGGAGCUGGAGCUGCGGGCUGAGCAGGGCCACCCCAAGACCUUUGUGGACCUGUGGGCUCUCGUGCUGGAGUCCAUGCUGCACGGCCAGGUGAUGGAUCAAAAGCUGUCCGAACAGAGAGCUGCACUGGAGCGGGGCCAGAACCCUCUGCCCCUCUACUUGAGCCUCAAUGUCAAAGAGAACAAUCUGGAGACCCUCGACUUCAAGGAGUGGGUGGAAUUUUCCCCCUAUGAGGUGGGGUUCCUGAAGUAUGGAGCCUUUGUCCCUUCUGAUCUCUUUGGCUCUGAGUUCUUCAUGGGGCGGUUGAUGAGGAAGCUCCCUGAGUCCCGGAUCUGCUUUCUGGAAGGUAUCUGGAGCAACAUUUUGUCCCUGAACUUGCUGGAUGCCUGGUAUGAUCUCAUCAGCUCUGAUGACACCUGGAAGCAGCAUGUCAAGGACAAGAUCAGGAAUCUGGCAGAGUCUCCUGCAUGCGUGAGGACCUCCUCAUGCCUGGAGGCCUCCUGGCUCCAACCCGGAACAAUGCUGGCCAAGGCAUUUAAGGGCUUCCUGACAGGCAGGCCACUCCACCAGCACAGCUUCAACUUCCUCCAGGGCCUCCAGCUGCACCAGGACUACUGUAGCCAGAGAGAUUUCUCCACCUGGGCAGACUGUGAGCUAGACUGCACCCCUGGCCAGCUUACCCCUCAGGAGCCCCAGCUCUGCCUGGUCGAUGCCGGCUACUUCCUCAACAGCGGCUGUCCCUCCAUGUUCCGGCCAGGCCGCAGACUGGACCUCAUACUCUCCUUCGACUACUCCCCAUCUUCGCCCUUUGAGACACUGCAGCAGGCUGAGCUGUACUGCCGGAGCCGGGGACUGCCAUUCCCUCAGGUGGACCCCAGCCCUCAAGACCAACACCAGCCAACAGAGUGCUACCUCUUCUCAGACCCCACCCUCCCUGAUGCCCCUCUCCUGCUGCACUUCCCACUCGUCAAUGCCUCCUUCAAGGACCACUCAGCCCCUGGUGUCCAGCGCAGCCCCACAGAGCUCUCAGCUGGCCAGGUGGAUCUCACUGGGACCACCUCACCCUAUUCCUUGUUCAACAUGACCUACAAGGAGGAAGAUUUUGAUCACCUGCUACAUCUUAGCGACUACAAUGUACGGAACAGCCAGGAUGCCAUUCUGCAGGCCUUGAGGGCUGCCAUGAAAUGCCGGGCCCUGGGGGCCAGACCUCCAACAGCACAGAACUGAGGCUACUCAGCGACCCUCCAGGGGCUGAGGGCUUAACCCAAGCACAUCUGGCUAUAGCCACAGCCCUCACUGGGCUGGAGUUCUGGGCUGUCCCAGGCCCCGGCCUCCUCGGCAGCUGGUCUCACAGCCCAAGUCUUCCCUCGCUUUUAUCACUGGCUUGAGAGGAGCUGAAAGGGAACUCCUGACCAGACCAGUGUGUAGAAUAACUGGUCCAACUGGACAGAAGUUCACAUGUGAUUACUUUCAUGCUGAGCAGAACAGAUUUGGGGUACAAGCUUGAGGCUUGAGACCAGGAGUGGGGACUGAGAGGUAGCUCCGGGCAUCAGGAAUCACAGGAUGUCCCGAGAAUCCCCUCUUCAUCCCUUCCUCCACUUUCUCAUUCUUCUUUUGUACUCUUUUUAAGCAACUUUAAUCCACAAAUCACAUAAUUCAUCCAUCUAAAGGGUACGACCUGUGGCUUUUUCUUGUGCGGCCACUACUGUUCUCAUUUUGAGAAGAUUUUCCUUGCCCUCAAAGGAAGCCCCUCACCCCUAAGCUGUUAACCUCAACCCUCCCUCCCCAGCCCUAGGCAACCACUAAUCUACUUUCUGUCUCUACAGACUGCUUAUUCUGGACAUUUA